AUGCAGAAUGCUGUGGAUGCUGCUGCACUUGCAGCCGCUCAAGAAAUCACAGCAGCUGUCAAUAAUGCUCCCCCUGAAGUGACUGAUGUCACUCAAUACGCUCGUGAACAGGCACGCGUCGUGGCAGCUCAUGUCGCUGAUUUGAACGGUGUUUAUGUCAAUCCGCAAACAGACGUGCAGUUCGGUCGUCGCUAUUUCGAUGAAACAACUCAAGAGUUCGAGGUAGAAUGGGAUGUCACCCCUUCGAACGUUGUUAAAGUUGCAGCUCGUCGAGACCAGGAAGAUCAUACUCAGCCUGAUGGGAAGCUACGUCUCUUCUUUGCCGGAGUAACAGGUGAUCGCUUUGCCCGAGUCACGGCAGAUGCGAUUGCCUAUGUGGAGUCGCGCGAUAUCGUGGUGGUGCACGACUUUUCUCGCUCAAUGAACUUUGACAGUUAUUACACGGAUGAAGCGAAUGAACGGCUCAAUGAUUCACAGAUUGAGGACAACAUUGAACUCAUCUGGAACGAUUUACAGAUGCCAAACACCGGAUCGUUGACCUUUACUCCUCUGCAUUUAACAGUUGACGAGACAAGCAAUGGUGUUUCAGCUUCGGUGACGUUCAAGUAUGACGACUUGACCGUGACCAGUAACGGCGAUAUCGAAAGCGUCGAAGUCCGCUACGACAAUGGCAACUAUCAGACCUUCAACAACCUCAGUGGAAAUAGCGUCAACAUCAAUGGUUACCGAGAUAUCGAAACCGCUUGGGUGACAGCCCGUGGACCUAAUACGAGUCAGCCAGUUACUGUCACGAAUUCAGGGAUUUCGGUGACGUUCUCUGGAGACCGUCGAUCUGCUUCGGUUUCUUCGCCAGAUCGAAUACGAGAAUUGUAUGUUGGCUUUACCGACGGCUCUGAUUAUUACCGGUCCUAUGGAAGUAACCGACCGUAUAACACGACUUACAAUGCUUCCAAAGACAUUGACUAUCUCUACCUGGAAGUCUCAGAUGGCCGAUCUUUCUGGUAUUACUUCAACGCUCCCAAUGGAGGCAACGCUGAAGAGUUACGCUUUGAUGAUACCAAUCAGGCGGUGAAAGAGGCCUUUGGCUUGACGAACAGUUAUCCCUAUCCAGUCGGGAGUUGGUACAGGUUCAUUAAUCAUGCUCGUGAUUACGACGAGUUCGCCAGUCGAGGUUAUCGCGAAACGUACGGCGGCCUGACGUUGAUCAAUUACAUCAUGCGUAAUGAAUCGGGUCACUGGGAAACACCCGAUCUCUGGAAGACUCGCCACUAUCCGUUCCACGCAAUCAAAGAAGGGCACAUGCUUCUCUGCAAUUUCCUGAAUAAUCUCGGAUUCGAUGAUCACAUCGGUAUGGUCAGCUACGACACUUACCACCGCCAGGAAAUGAUCUUGAACGAAAGCGAUCCCAGCAUCCCAUACGUUGAUAUUUCCAGCGAGCCAAUCACUGAUAACUACACGGCCGUGAAGAAUAUCAUGCAGUACAAGCAAGCUGCUCAUUAUGCCUAUGCCACGAACAUGGGGGGUGGCCUCGAAGAUGGCAUUGACCUACUCGAUGAUUAUUCGAGGGACGGUGCUCGUAAGACAAUUUUGCUCAUGACAGAUGGGAAUACCAAUACCAUGGACUCUGGAGCAAGUUCAUCACUCCCUUAUGGUUGGAACUGGGAUGAACUCUUCGACUACGAUGGCGAUGGAAGUCGCGACUACUACACCAAUUCAUCUCAACGCCGUUAUGUUCUCAAAGUGGCUCAUGAAGCGGUUGAGAAGGGGAUCACAAUUCACACGAUGAGCGUCGGUAUCGAUGCUGACCGGAAUAUUAUGCGAGCCAUCGCCCACUUGGCAGGCGGACAUUACAUUGACGUUCCAGGCGGCUUCAGUGUCGCUGACAUGGAAGCUGAAGUGGAAGAAGCGUUCCACAAAAUCGCUUCCUUUGUCCCUCCGGCUAAGUUGAUGCGUGAAGACUAA